GCAUUAAUUGAAAAAAAACCCAACCCAAACGAAUUAAAAAUGAAGAUUUCAGGUGAUGAUGUGUGUUUGCAGAUUAGAAUGCCAAAGGAGGAGACAGAGAAUUUGUACAGUUCAUGAAAAGCAAUUCUGCUGAGUGAUGCUUGCUGCAGGUUUGGUACUGAGAUUUAAAAGUAGCAACACUUUUUUUUUUCCCCAUACAACAUUGAUCUAAAAAUAAAAAAUGGAACUGAUAGAAUAAAAUAACCUCAUACAGCACCUCAGCUUCUUUGUGUGUCUUUGGAGCUUUCCUCCUCAGCCACAGCUAAAUUUACAAGAAACAAGCAAUGUAAAAAAAAAAAAAAAAAAAUUGCAGAGUCUAAGCACAAAAAAAUUGAUGGGGUGUGAGGAGAGGAGGGGGGUCAAAGAACAGGAAACCCAAGUUGACGGGAACCCAAGUGACAUUUGGGCUUAAUGAAUGACUUAAAACCCCAAUAUUGCUCGCCAGGAAAUGGGGAGAGGAAAUGGAGCGAUGUUUUGAGAGUAUAAAUGAGGGGCUCCAUCAAGGUGACAGCUGCAGAUCUGCCUGGUGCCCUCCCGUGGGACCCUCCCAGGAGCUGCAGAGAGGGGAGCAGCCCUUCCCCACAGCAUGAGGAGCUGCUCGGGGGGCUCAGCCCUGCCCCUGCCCCUGCUGCUGCUGCUGCUGCUGCUGCUGCUGCUGCUGGGCACCGCGCCCGCCCGCGCCCAGCCCGCCUGCCUCCGCUUCCCCGAGCUCCUGCCCGCCAAGCUCAAAGAGCUCAGGGUCAAGUUUGAGGAAAUCAGGGAUUAUUUUCAAUCAAAGGAUGAGGACCUCAGCAUCCAACUGCUCAGCUCUGACCUGCUGGAGGAAUUCAAGGGGAGCCUGGGCUGCCAGUCGGUGUCGGAGAUGAUGGGAUUCUACAUGGAGGAGGUGCUGCCCAGCGCCAUGAGGAGCAGCACCCAGCACCAGCACAGCGUGGGCGACCUGGGCAACCUCCUGCUGAGCCUGCGAGCCAUGAUGAGGCGCUGUCACAAAUUCUUCACGUGCGAGGACAGGAGCAAGAGCAUGAAGAGCAUCAAGGAGACCUUCACCAAGAUGAACAGCAACGGGAUCUACAAGGCCAUGGGGGAGUUUGACAUCUUCAUCAACUACAUCGAAAAAUAUUUAACAAUGAAGAGAAGGAACUGAGAUCACCCCUGCGUCUGCAUUUUCCACACCAGAUCCUGCUACUUGUUCAAAAUCACUUUAGGCUGCAAGAGCUCAAAUUAAGUUAUCUCAAGGUUCAGGUCAAGAGCUGCAGGUCAAUAACUUCCAGCUUAAUAUUGUAUUUAAGAGUUAUUUUUUUAAUAGUUGAAUUUAUUAUUUAUUACUUCUAAUACCUCAGUGUUGAUGUUUACAGUAUGUUUUGAAUGGUGAGCUUGUAAAUUACUAUUUAUUGUUCAGUAUUUUAAUAUGGUUUAUCGCAGU